UCUCCUUCAACAUCAUUACUUAAAUCUCACCUUUCCAUUCGUUUUUUUUUUUACUUUCGAUCUCCCCCUCUUUGUUUUCCCUUCAGCUUUUCACCUACCAUUCAGCAAAUAAUAUGUUUGAUUUUGGGGAUGAACUAACCAUCGAAGGCUACAGAAUUCCAUGGCUAAUUUGGAUCCAAAUACUCGUACUCUUCCUUCUAAUACUUCUUCUCUAUUGCUUCAGCAGCCCCUUCGCUUUGGAUCUCUCCGAUGGCUCCUCCUCCGCUUCCGCUUCCCUUUCCUCCCAAUCCCACUUGGAUAAAAUGCCUGCUCUUCAUCAUACUUCAACGCUUGUCUCCGCUCGUUUCCAGGUUGGAGAAGAAGAGCAGAGUAUAAAAGGUGAAAUAGGCCCAGAAAGAAGCAAAGGAAUAAUAAGAGGAGCAGAAGAUAGUGUAGAAAUGGAGGAAUGUGGAACCAAAGAAACUGGACAUCAAAAUUGUUAUCAUCCAUGUCACUAUCUUAGCCUUGCUAAGCUUGCAAUUCUCAAGUGUUUGGGUCUUGAUUCCUUGUCUGAACCUAGGUCAAAAUCUAAUGAGCAAACAAAACCAAGAUAGUUUACGUAUUACUAUUGACUUCUUAGUUCAAUGGAUAAAUAUAGUUUCAUUAAAAGAA